AUGAGAACUCAAAAUACAAAAACGACCUGUGACUGUAAUGAGUAUAGAAAACACUUCCCAACUCUACAGAAGAAAGCUUGUAGUGCACAGAAACUUUCCAUGUUGAAUCAGUGUGAAAGAGCUCUCAGCCUGAGUCUAAAUGUUGUUUAUCAGAGAACAUGCAUGCUAGACCCAUCUUUUGAAGGCAAUAACUACGGGAAAGUCUUCCUUAAUCAGUCAUACUUUCAGGGACACAUGGAGAAUCAGAAUGGAGAAAAAUUCUAUGAAUGCAAUCAGUGUGUGGGAGCUUCUGCUCACUCCACAAGCAAUGCUGUGCCAGUUCAAAUGCCUCCUGUUAAAAAAUCCUAUGAAUGUAAGACUUGUGGGAAACUCUUUAGAAAUUCUUCAUGCCUUAAUAAUCACAUUCGAACCCACACUGGGGAGAAACCGUAUGAAUGUAAAGAAUGUGGAAAAGCCUUCACUACAUCGUCAAGCCUCACUACACAUGUACUAACACACACUGGAGAGAAGCCCUAUGAAUGUCGGGAAUGUGGGAAAGCCUUCACUUCAUCCUCAUGCCUUACUCUGCAUGUAAGGACUCACACUGGAGAGAGACCCUAUAUAUGUAAGGAGUGUGGGAAAGCCUUCCAUGCUUCCUCAUACCUACGUAAACAUGUAAGAAUUCACACAGGAGAGAAACCCUAUGAAUGUAAGGAGUGUGGGAAAGCCUACAAAAGGUGUUAUCUGCUAACUGAACAUUUGAAAACACACACAACAGAGAAGCCCUUUCAGUGUAAGCUGUGUGGAAAAUUCUUUAGAAGUUCUGCAUGCCGUAAUAAACACAUUCGAAUUCACACUGGAAUAAAACCCUAUAAAUGUCAGUACUGUGCAAAAGCCUUCACUGUUUCUUCAAGCCUAACUGAGCAUAUAAGAACUCACACAGGAGAGAGGCCCUAUGAGUGUAAAGAAUGUGGGAAAUCAUUCACUACAUCCUCGAGCCUUAUUGUACAUAAAAGAACUCACACUGGAGAAAAACCCUAUGAAUGUAAGGAAUGUGGGAAAUCAUAUAAAAGGUGUUAUCUGCUAACUGAACAUUUGAAAACUCACACAGGGGAGAAGCCAUUUCAGUGUAAAGUAUGUGGAAAAUACUUUCGAAGUUCUUUAUGCCUCAGUAAGCACAUUCGUGUUCACACUGGAGUAAAGCCCUACAAAUGUAAAGACUGUGGGAAAGCUUUCACUGUUUCUUCAAGCCUGUCUCAGCAUGUAAGAACUCACACUGGAGAGAAGCCCUACGAAUGUAAGGAAUGUGGGAAAUCCUUCACUACAUCCUCAAACCUUUACCAUCAUGAAAGAAUUCACACAAGGGAGAAACCCUAUAAAUGUCAGGAAUGUGGGAAAGCCUACAAUAGAUUUUAUCUACUAACUGAACAUUUAAUAACUCAUGCAGAAGAGAAAGGCUUUGAAUGGAAAGAAUGCUAA